CGGGUGCUUUUUAUAUAUUUUUACAUUAAAUAUGUAUGUCUAGGUCAGUUUAUCAUAUUUAUUAGGAAACCAAACGAAAAUGUUCGUAUAGACUGGUUUUUAUUUGUAACCAAUGAGCGAUCGCAAAAUAAUCAAAUACUGUAAACCGUUCAAUGUUUAUGUGGGAACCAAACAUGGCCGACAAAAAAGCAGAUUCAGGGAGUGAGUCAGAUAGUACUGAUGAACCAGUCGUUGGAAAUGUCAGCAAGUUCGCUGUUGUUCCACCAGGUUUUACAGGAAGACCAAAGAAGGGCCAUCUCAUCUUUGAUGCCUGCUUUGAAUGUGGAAACCUGGGUAGGGUUGACUACAUCACAGAAUAUGAGUAUGACCUUUUUAUCAGACCAGACACCUGUAAUCCAAGGUUUAGGGUGUGGUUUAAUUUUACAGUAGAAAAUGUGAAGGCAGAUCAGAGAGUGAUAUUUAACCUGGUGAAUUUUAGCAAGACAAAAUCCUUGUACAGGGAGGGGAUGUCACCCUUUGUCAAGUCAACUAGUCGUCCAAAAUGGGUCAGAAUACCAGCAAAACAUGUUUAUUAUUAUCGAUGUCCAGAUCACAGAAAAAACUAUGUGAUGUCAUUUGCAUUUAUUUUUGAUCGCGAAGAUGAUGUUUACCAGUUUUCAUAUUGCUAUCCGUACUCGUAUACCAGACUACAGAACUACCUGGAUAAUCUGGAAAAGAGAAACAUGGACUACUUUAGCAGAGAGCUCCUCUGUCUAACAGUGCAACAGCGACGGCUAGAUCUGAUCACAAUUACCCAUCCUGACAAUCUAUACCCAGAGGAAAGCAAGAGAAUUGUGUUUGUCUCGUCCAGAGUUCACCCCGGUGAAACACCCGCCUCAUUUGUAUGUCAAGGUUUUAUAGACUUCCUCAUUAGCAAUCAUCCUGUAGCAAAGACGUUAAGAGAACAUAUAGUGUUUAAAGUAGUUCCAAUGUUGAAUCCUGAUGGAGUUUACCUAGGAAAUUACAGGUGUUCUCUGAUGGGUUUUGACUUGAACCGUCACUGGCAGGAACCUUCACCAUGGGCUCAUCCAACACUAUACGCUACCAAAAAUCUCCUCAUGGAGUAUGACAGAGAUGAAAAACUGAUAGUGGACUUCUUCAUAGAUUUACAUGCACACUCUACACUGAUGAAUGGUUUCAUGUACGGCAAUACAUAUGACGAUAUUGACCGCUACGAAAGACAGUCCGUGUUUCCAAAACUUCUUUGUGCUAAUGCUGAAGAUUUUUCGUUGGCAAACACAAAUUUCAACAGAGAUGCUGUGAAAGCUGGAACAGGACGAAGGACUCUUGGGGGAUGUUUAGAUGAGAGCUCACACUGUUACACACUAGAAGUUUCCUUCUACAGUUACCAGACUAGCGCCACAGGUCAGUCAAUGCCAUAUACAGAGGAAGGAUACAUGAAACUGGGCAGGAAUCUAGCAAGGACUUUUAUAGAUUAUUACAAGCUUGCCCAGGUGAUAAGUCAGAAACCCAGCAGUAGUAUAGUGCCCAAACCUCAACCAUACAGGAUGAGAGACCGCAAUCAGGACAGGUCCAACACUGAAUCUCAGUAUGAUGAUAAGGAUAAUUAUAAAGAAGGAGAGAGAGAAUCUAUUAGAAUGGUAGGUCGUGAGAUUUUUAUAUCUGAGCGAGAUCGAAACAGAGAAAUUUUCAUGCAUCAACGUACCCUCGAGCAAGCCAAAAAUUUAAGAAUACGGGUGACAAAUACUUUGUUGAGAAAUGAUAAAAAUCAGCGUUUACCAAGGUGCAAUAUUUUGAGAGAUGAAAACAAUGGAAUAUUUUUUGAAGGAGCAAGAGGAAUGAAAGAGAGUAUCAUAGAAAGGUUAUUCACUUUAUUUAAAUGAACUUCUUGUUUGUAAACCAAA